CUGUUGGGAAAGUUGGUUUCGGCCUGUUCUGCUGCUCAAGCAGCAUACGGCAGCUCACGCCUAUGGUGGACAACCAAAGAUUCAGUGCUCUGAUUCUUCUUGGUUUGUCUUUCUCCGGCAGAUCUCUAACGAUUUUUUUUUUGGGGGUGUGUGUUUGCGACUACAGAGUCUGAAAUCACAAAUCAGAGCUGUAUAGGGAGCAGGUGGCGACUGAGUGACUGACAAACGUGGGGAAGAUGGAGACAAAGAAACGCAAGCCUGUGGUCUACUAAAGACGGGGGCAUCGCCAUCGAGGGCAAACGGAGGCCACAGGAUUAGCAGCUUCUCCGUGCUGCUGCGUCUCCUCCUCAUCGUCCUCUCCAGUGUCCAGCUCGGCCAUGGCGUUCACCGUCUCCUUCUCCCCCGCCAACGUUCAGAUGCUCCAGGCUAGGAGUGGCCACGGCCACGCCACCUUUGGAAGCUGUUCCGCCGUGCCAAGAGCCGGGCCAAGGCUGCGUUCCACGGCCGUCCGGGUCAGCAGCGAGCAGGAGGCGGCGGCGGCCGUCAGGGCGCCGUCCGGGAGGACCAUCGAGGAGUGCGAGGCCGACGCCGUCGCUGGGAAGUUCCCUGCUCCCCCGCCGCUGGUUAGGCCGAAGGCCCCUGAAGGAACGCCGGAGAUCAGGCCCCUUGACAUGGCAAAGCGCCCCCGUCGCAACCGCAAAUCACCUGCUCUUAGGGCUGCAUUCCAGGAGACGAGCAUCUCGCCUGCUAACUUUGUGCUUCCAUUGUUUAUCCAUGAAGGAGAAGAAGAUGCUCCUAUCGGAGCUAUGCCAGGGUGCUAUAGGCUUGGGUGGAGGCACGGGCUGCUUGACGAGGUUUACAAGGCCCGCGAUGUUGGUGUUAAUAGUUUUGUUCUCUUUCCUAAAGUUCCCGAUGCAUUGAAGUCUCCAACAGGAGAUGAAGCGUACAACGAUAAUGGUCUGGUUCCACGUACAAUCCGCUUGCUCAAGGACAAGUUCCCUGAUAUUGUUAUCUACACAGACGUCGCGUUAGACCCUUAUUCAUCUGAUGGUCAUGAUGGUAUUGUGAGGGAAGAUGGUGUAAUUAUGAAUGAUGAAACAGUUUAUCAGUUGUGCAAACAGGCUGUUUCACAGGCUCGUGCCGGUGCUGAUGUUGUCAGCCCUAGUGACAUGAUGGAUGGCCGGAUUGGAGCACUUCGCUCUGCUCUGGACGCCGAGGGCUUCCAUGAUGUCUCCAUUAUGUCCUACACCGCAAAGUAUGCCAGUUCAUUUUAUGGCCCUUUCCGAGAAGCUUUAGAUUCAAAUCCAAGAUUUGGAGAUAAGAAGACGUACCAGAUGAACCCAGCUAACUACAGAGAAGCCCUCAUAGAAACCGCAGCGGACGAGGCAGAAGGAGCCGACAUUCUGCUAGUGAAACCGGGAUUGCCGUACUUGGACAUUAUCCGACUGCUUCGGGAUCAUUCAGCCCUACCGAUUGCUGCUUACCAGGUCUCGGGCGAGUACUCGAUGAUCAAAGCCGGCGGGGCCCUGGGCAUGGUGGACGAGCAGAAGGUGAUGAUGGAGUCGCUCAUGUGCCUGCGGCGAGCCGGCGCCGAUGUCAUCCUGACCUACUUCGCCCGUCACGCCGCCGCGGUGCUGUGCGGCAUGGGGCCCAAGUAGGAGGCGAGGCCCGCCCGCCAUUCCUGCCCUGCACUGUCAUUGUGGAGUUGAGCGAUGAGUUGGCUUAUCGUAUGUUUUGGGGGCCUGGCACUGGCAGAGGAUUGUCCGAGGCCUUGGAUCUCUUCCAAUAAUCUGCGCCGGGAGAUAAUAAGUUUUGGAGUUAUCGCAUUUCCCGGUACUAAUCUUCUGCGUGUUGCUAGUACUGAAAAAGGUUUGGAUUUUGAAGCGAUUUUAGACAGCUGGAUUAGUACCUCAA